UUUCUGCAUUCCCAACGCCUUUAGAAGCUUCCUCGAGACACUCAACUUAACUACUUGUCUUCAUCUCGAAUCUGUCUUUCCUUAACUUUUACACUCUGUUUUGUAUUCUUUCCUUUUUCUCCGACACGUUUCCAAGUUUAGAGGAUAAACACAAAACAGUUCAAUGACUGACUCGCAGUUCUGUUCUUUUUACUGGUCAUUCUAAAAAUAGAUAAAACAAACACACAGUUGCACUGAAAUUCUGUUUCUUCAUCGUUACCUUUGUCUUAACACCACUCGUUACUCUGGUUUUAGCUGAAACAGAGAGAGAGAAAAUUAGUACCUUCAGUUAGUUACAAAAAAACCAACUUUUCUUCCUUCUUUCCCCUUUUGGAGAGAGACAAACAUUUCACAAGAUCGAGAUCCGAUCAAAGAUGAGUCUUUAUGUUGUUUGUCUUCGUCUUCUUGAUCGUUAACGCAAUGGCGUCUCCUCAGUUUGAGAUCGCCUCUUUGCGAUCUAACUUCGGAUGUAUCAUCCUCAGAGAUCGCAACCAAAGGCAGAACAACCACGACGCCGUUUUCAAAAAGAAUCCGAAAAAGAAGAACAAAAGCCGUCUUGGGUCGCCGGAGAAACCACGUACCGGCAAAGGAAACAACUUUUCCGACAGCACGAAGAGAAACGACAAACGUGGAGGAGCUUCUUCUCUUGUGCAGAUAUGGGAGGCGAGGCUGAACCGAUCCAGCGCCGGAAACUCAUCGCCGGUCCAUGGCCAAGCGACAGAGAGCGUUCAAGAAGAAACCAACCUUUCGGCUCCACCCAUCGACGGAGAGUCUGAAUCCGAGAACGAGUCUAAGAAUAAUGAUCCAACAGUGGAGGUUGAAUCCGGUGCUCUCGUUACGGUUUCUGAUCCCGGAGAGAGCAAAUGGGGCCGGGUCGCUGAGAUUAUCCGGAAACUGAAGCUAACCGCCGGCGAUAACGUCGGUGCCGCCGACGUGCUGAACGUUAAAACGCCGAAGCAGGAGAAAAGUAGUUUUCCGGUGGUUACUUGUUCGCCGCGGCUCCGAGGACGGCAAGCUUUCUCCGAUUUGCUUAUGCGUUUGGAACGCGACCGUCAUCGCGAAUUGGAGUCGCUUGCUGGACGCAACGCAGUUUCUAAAUUUACUCAACGCGGUCGCCUCCAGUCAAUGUUGAGGUUAAGGACUCUCAAACGCGGCCUAGUGAUUCAAGACCGUCAUCUUUCUAGCGCAAAAACACCUGAUCUGAGUCGCUUUGAAUUUGGUUCUACAGUUGUUAACCUAAGGGAAAGAUUCGGGGCAAACGCCACUUCUGAAGCAGAACGGAAGAAGAGACAAGAAACUACCUUAGAAAUAGAGAGAAGUACCGAGAGCAUGAAGCCAAAAGACACUACUAUUCUUCUAGAAACGUCUUCCACAGAGCGGUUAAGCCCUCGAAACCACAAGAUAGAGGAAGCAAACUCACGCAACAAAGAAACCGAAGCAAAGAUGAGUUACCGUCAGCUGCAAGAAACCACGGUACAAGAAGCUUUGAAAAGAAAAACUGAUAACACAAGCCCCCACACCAUCGUAACUCUUCAAGAACCGCGUACACUGGAGAAGGAAGUGGCGAACAUUGUGGAAAGCCGUACAUAUGGAACUCAUGAAACACCGUUCCUUGAGUCACAAGAAACGUCGUUUGUAUGGGAAUAUCAAGAAGAGUAUGAGGAUGAACAAUCUUAUUACGGAGAAAUGAGCAGCGACUGGUUUACUGAAAUAUCUCGGCCUCGGACUUACUGGGAAGAUCUGAGGAAAUCGCGCUACUUGGAAGUGAUGAACACUCGAUCUGACAAAGACGAUAUAUGCAGACUCCUUGAGAGAAGAACAGUAUCUGAUUUCCUCCAGAGCGAAUUGCGAGAGAAGAUCGAUAAGCUCAUGAUUUCCCGUGUUCAGACACAUCCGGUUCAGAGAAUCGAGGAAGCUGGUAAAGAGGAACAAGAAUGUGACAUAGGCCAAGGAGAAGAUGAAGACGACGAAGAAGUCAGAGAUGACUUGAGCCACACGUCAUCGCAGUUAUUUGCCCCAUCACCGGCAGGAUCAUGGAGUUCUCAGGACAUAGGAGUUUCUUCCACACCUGACUUAUCACCUCUGCACACUCCUCAGUCUACUGAGAUGGAGAUUAUAAGCGAAUUGAGAACACAGAUUCUACAGCUCCAGCUAGACAUGUCGGAGCUACGUGACUCUGUCAAAACGUGUUUGGACGUAAACGCUACCCUUCAAAAGUCAGUUCACCGCGAAAAUCCCCUGAAACGCAAAUGCUUCGUUUGUAACGAAUCGCAAGUUGAAACACUUCUAUACAGGUGCGGACACAUGUGCACAUGCCUAAGAUGCGCAAACGAACUACAAUGUAAUGGCGGGAAAUGCCCUAUUUGUCGUGCUAAGAUUCUAGACGUUGUUCGCGUCUUCCUCGAUUCAAGCACCUAAACAACUCAUGAAACCAACGGUUCAAAACGCUAACAAUACUUCACCUUAACCUUACACACGUUUGUUUGUUGUAUAACCCACCCUAUUUUUCUUCAUUUGUUUGCUUUUACGUUUGACUGGAGGGCGUUUGCAUUUUGGAUCUGCCUCAGAGAUUCAUAUCAACUCUUUUCUUGACGGUGAAGUUUUUUCUUCUUGUAAAGACACAUAUACCUUUUUACUUUCCUUCCAUCAAGUUUGUACGAUGUUGAAAGGUUUAGUAUUUACCGUUUAUAUUAUACGUUUUAUUAAUUAUGUACCAAUAUAAAAACAAUGAUGGGAAAAUU